UUGCCUCGUUUCCGUUUAUAUCCCGGAAGUAAGCACGUAAGCUAUCUAACUAACCAAAAACGCCGAACAAGUCAAGUUCUUCAGCAUGAAAUUUUUACCCUCUAACAACUGGGUUGGCGUGUGACGACCGGAGAUGAGCGUCACGUUGGACAUACGACUAAAAAGGGCCAACAAAGUUUAUCAUGAGGGUGAGUCUGUCGCCGGCAUUAUCGUGCUGUCAUGCAAGGAGGCGAUGCAGCAUCAUGGAAUCUCCCUGAGCAUGGAGGGCCUGGUCAACCUGCAGCUGAGCUCCAAGAGCGUGGGUGUCUUUGAGGCCUUCUACAACUCAGUCAAGCCCAUCUCGCUGAUCAGCUGCAACGUUGAGGUGGCCAAGGCCGGCAAGAUCCCAGGAGGCAAGACCGAGAUCCCUUUCGAGUUACCCCUCAAUGCCAAAGGCAACAAAGCUCUGUACGAGACCUACCACGGGGUCUUCAUCAACAUCCAGUACACUCUCCGCUGUGACUUGAAGCGCUCCCUGCUGGCCAAAGACCUCAGCAGGACCUGCGAGUUCAUCGUGCACUGUCAGCCCCAGAAAGUAAACGUCGGCACCAACCCGGUCAACUUCACCAUCACCCCCGACACCCUGCAGAACCUCCGCGAGCGGAGUUUGCUGCCGAGGUUUUUCAUCCGAGGCCACCUGGACAACACCACCUGCGCCGUAAGCCGCCCGCUGACCGGCGAGGUGGUGGUGGAGAGUUCCGACGUUGCCGUCAAGAGCAUCGAGCUCCAGCUGAUUCGAGUGGAGACCUGUGGCUGCGCCGAAGGCUACGCCCGAGACGCCACCGAGAUCCAGAACAUCCAGAUCGGCGAGGGCGACGUGUGCCGCGGGCUGCCCGUUCCCAUCUACAUGGUGUUCCCCAGGCUCUUCACCUGUCCCACCCUGGAGACCACCAACUUCAAAGUGGAGUUUGAAGUCAACGUCGUCAUCGUGCUCCACGACGACCACCUGAUCAGCGAGAACUUCCCUCUGAAGCUGUGCAGGGUCUAGAGUCCGGAGGAGUCGGCGUACGGGUGAAUAAAAGAGUUGGAAGAAUCAA